ACAGAGAGAGAGAGAGAUGGCCACGUUCACGUAUCUUUGACACUGCAGGCUCAAAGGAGGAGUCUUCUUUCUUGCGGGGGAGUUGUUUGGGCAGGGCCACCGCCUCACAUAGCAGCCGGAGGCUCACCAUCUUGGGUGCCCCUGUGAUGGGUAGCCGCUGGGGAGCUCUGUGCCGGCUCCCUCCCCUCAUCUCCUGGACUGUCAUGGCUAUACUCUUAGUGGAUGCAGAUGUUGACUCUGAUGCUGCUGUGAAGUUCUUGAAGGUCCCUCCGGUCUUCUCGGCCUCAUCGUCAGCUACAUUUCAGUUUGAGGUCACGGAGGGGAGGAAUGGCAGCUCAUGCCACGACUGCAGUAUCAGCUGCAAGUUAGAUAACUACAAUUCUUUUGCUUGUGAACGGAAGGAAGUUACAUACUCAGGCUUGCUCGAUGGAAAUCAUACCUUUAAGAUCUGCUCCAGUGGUUCCCAAGGAGUUCGUUGUGCCAGCUAUAAUUGGACUGUUGAUACAAUUUCCCCUACUGCCUAUAUUUCUGCUGCAUCUUUCACAAAUGCGUUAAAUAUUUCAGUCAAUGUUUCUUUCAGUGAACCUUGCACCAGUGGAGGUGGAUUUAAAUGUUCCCCCAGUCAUUGCGAUCUUCUCAUUUAUGGAGCCGGCCGUGUUUUACCAUCUACUCUAAGGGUUCUUCUUCCUGGCCUGAAAUUUUCCUUUAUGGUGGGAAUAUCAGCUGAUGUUCAGUUUGGUCGUUUGAUACUGGCAAUGGAUAAGGUAUUUUGUACUGACAAUGCUGGGAACAUGUUCAAACAAUCAUCAGAUUCAAGUUUCAUAUUGCAUUUUGAUAGAAGAAGUGUUUUCAUGAACUUGACAAGUCACGUUCCAGAAAAGCUACUUCAACUUAAUGGCUUGCUUCGAACUGUGCAAGUUAGUAACAGUGCUAGGGAUUUGAAAAUUUAUCUGUCGUUCUCAGAGCCAGUUCUUAAUUCAUCUGAAGAAAUUCUGGAUCUUCUUCAUGCAAGUAGUGGUUUACUUGUUCCGACAAAUAAGAGUAAUCUUGGAAACCGUCGGUUUGGCUACCUAGUACAAAAUAUUUCAAGCAUGACUGUUGUUACUAUAAGUUGUGAUACUACAUAUAUAAUCACCAGACAAGGGACUCCAGUUUCUCCAUCAGAUCCAAUCACAUUCCUUUAUGAUGCUGACAGGCCAUCUGUAAGGCUGAGUACAACUUCUAACAUAUGGACCAGACAACAUAAAAUCCCAGUGCUGAUAAACUUUGAGAAGCCUGUUUUUAACUUUAAUUCUUCAGCUAUAAUAAUUUCUGGAGGAUCGAUACUGAGUUUUCAUGAAAUAACAAAGAGCACAUAUAUUAGUGAAAUACACGGCAAUGGUAGUGUGAUAUCAGUGGAAGUUCCUGAAAAUAGGACAACAGAUAUUGCCGGAAACAAGAACCUUGCAUCAAACCUUCUACAAGUGAAUCACUAUUCCACGCCCACAGUAUCAUCAUUGUUAUCAAUAGUUGCUACUGUUGCACUUGCAAUGACAUCAAUGGUGGCAACCCUCCUUACUCUUUCAUCUUCGAGCCUUCUAUAUUCUGGAGCAAUUUCUGGACAGAAAUCAUAUGUUGUUUCUGAACCAUCAAGGAACCUUUUGGUAGAGUGCAGAAGCUUUUGAAACUUAGAAAUUACUAGAUUAUUAAGUUGUUUUUUAUUUCCUUUUGAUGUCAUAUAUCAAUUCAAUAAGAAGCUAACCAGAACUCUCGAUUUCCUAAGCAUCACCUGUGUUCAUAUCAGUUCCUAAAAAAACUCAAAAUGACAUUACAGUUUAUUAGUAAAAAAAAAAAAAAAACACAGAUUGUACUUACAUUAAUAAGAAAAAUUGUUAAUACUUAAUACACUUCAAAUUGUUCAUGUAUUCAAAAAUAAGAUCUAUCAUGGGCCUUGUAUAUUUAUGUUCUUUUGGCA